AUGAGCAUGGCAAACAAGGCUAUUCUCCGCCCAUACACUCAACUACUUACGAUGGAAGACGUGAUCAACAAGUUUCAGGGUGCGAAGAAGUUCUCCAAAUUGGGCUUGCGCGAGGCGUAUCACCAGUUCGAGCUUACCACAGAAUCACGCAAAAUCACGACCUUCUACGGACCAGACGGAUUGUAUCGUUAUAAGAGACUGAAUUAUGGUACUAAGUCGGCGCAAGACAUCCUACAAAACGAAAUGCGAAGUAUCCUCGCGGGUAUACCUUAUCAAAUCAACAUCGCAGAUGACAUCUUGAUAGCUGGGUCUACGAAGGAACACGACCAAGCGCUGAAACUUGUCCUCACAAGAUUACAAGACAACGGCAUGACGGUCAACACGAAGAAAUGCCAGUUCGACGUUGAAGAUACACCAUUCAUUGGACUUAUUUUUAACAAAAAAGGCAUUCAACCCGACCCGACCAAAGUAGAAGCCCUCCACCUCGCAGGUCCACUAAAGAGUAAGGAAGAACUCCGAUCACUUUUGGGCAUGGCAGGGUUUAGCGAGCGAUUUAUCCCUAACUAUGCCAAAGUUACGGCGCCCCUUCAAGAAUUGUUGAAAGAAGGUACACGGGACUGGGACGAGAAACACCAACGUGCCUUUGAACAGCUACAGCAAGCCUUACAAGAAGACACUAUUACAACCAUACGAGAUUGGUCGAGAAACGCGACUAGUGGUGGAUAUAUACAAGCCUUGGUGGUCUUGGAGCUGUUCUUUUGCGGAAGAGAUCGACAGCCGAAGGUUUCCGCCCUGUUGUAUUCAAAUCACGAAGCCUUAGCCCACCAGAAUCCAACUAUUCAACUACCGAGAGAGAGGCGCUAG